UUGGUACUGCACAGAGGACCUCUUUGUAUAUUGAAGAUGAAGAAAUUAUCACUGCCUCCUGUUCCAUGAUGCAAAAGAAAUAUUUCAAGGGGAGUUCCUACAAACCAGAAUCUGUAGUACUUACUGCUGUGGCAUUACAAGAUCAUAUUUUACAUGAUCUCCAACUGCAACAUCUUUCAUUAGCAGAUCCUUUAAAGUCAAAGACAUGGAAUAAAAUAAAUAAAUAUAGACCUGUGAACAAAGAGAAAAUCAAAGCAGUUAUAGAUACUGGAUUAAAACAAACAAACAAACAGCCAAACAACCAAAAUAACCCACAAAGCGAAGAUCCAGAAAAAGAAUAUGUUCUUGAUCCAAGUCCUCAGCCUCUGACUUUAGCUCAGAAAUUUGGAUUGGUGGAGCUUCCUGAUGUGCCAUUAACUCUAGACGAUUGGGAAUAUGUGAAGCAACGAUCCAUAAAGCAAGGAGAUUCUGUUCAACCCUGUGCUAUAUGCAAAGAAGAAUUUGCCCUUCAGCCACAGGUGUUGCUCUCUUGUUCUCACGUAUUUCACAGAGCAUGCCUGAAAGCUUUUGAAAGAUUUUCAGCUAAAAAGAGCUGUCCAAUGUGUAGAAAAACCCAAUAUCAAACACGAGUAAUUCACGAUGGAGCCCGCCUUUUUAAAAUAAAAUGUGCUACGAGAAUUCAAGCUUUUUGGAGGGGACAUAUUGUUAGAAAGUGGUAUAAAAAUCUGAGAAAAACAGUACCCCCCAAAGAUGUGAGAUUAAGAAAAAAAUUCUUCGAAGAAAAGCUGACUGAGAUUUGCCAGCGAUUAUUGAAAUCCUACGAUACUUGUAUUGACGAAUUCUUCUGCGAGAUAGAUUCCACUGUAGCUGCAAGUCAUGAAAUAUUUCAGCAACUAGAGGAAAAGCUCGGUCCAGAGAUACAUGAAGUUGAAUGGGAAAAAAUUCAGAUUCAGGCUUUCCGACAAGAUAUUUCUGAUUGUCCUAUUUGCAUUAUGCCGCUCAUGCAGCCAGCUCAGCUUCAGGAUGGACUUUCCCCAAAUGGCUAUCAGUCAUGUCCCCGUCAGACAGCUCUGCUCUCCUGCUCUCACAUGUUCCAUAGUACCUGUCUUCAAGCAUUUGAAGAGUUUUCUUUACGGAAAAGACCUAUCUGUCCUUUAUGCCGUUCCUGUUAUCAGAAGAAAAUUCUCAGCUAAAGUUUAACAAUUUAACAUAAAAUUAUGAAUAUAUUUGUAGGAGGCCUUAGUAGAAAUAAUAUAUCUAAAUGUGUUUUAAUUGCAUUUCAGAGAGAGGGGGAUACACAAAUUAUUUUUUUUCUGAUGUGUGCACAUGUGUGAAAACCUAGGAAGUGCUAUCCCUAGACUUAUUCCAGCCAUUCAGGUGGGAUUCCAGUUCUGUGUCACUUCCACUGAACGUUUGCAUGCAUGGACUGUCCCACAGGUGCCAAUGAAUUGUCAGAAAGGGAGAAAAGCUCCAAAUCCCUGGAGAAACCUGGAGAACCAACUGCAACAAAACAUUUCUUCAUAAAUUUUAAGCUAAGCUGAACAUGUAAUAUUCCCUUCUCGUUUUGUGAGGCUUCUGUCGACUAAAACAAGGGCUCUGUAUGUACCUAUUAGCUAAAGGCAACAGAAAGAAUAAUUGAUGCAUUGUAUAAUGCUUUGCAAAGGUUUGUAAUUCUGGCUAGUUUCCUGGUGGAAAUCAUUUUUGGGUGACCAAUGUUCUUUAUCUGUGUAUUUGUAGCUACAGAUCAGUGGUUCCCAACAUGGACAGGGUGGCAAUUUGAUUUU